ACGUGGUCGCAAUAUUACGGAAAUGUAAACAUGCACAGAUAAUUUCGUUAAAUUUAUAAAUUUGGUGCCUUUAUUAAAUAAAAGUGGCGUCAUAAUUCUAUAAUUACAAGUACAUUACUUUUAAAAGUAUUUACAUAACUGUGAUUAUCACGCUUACCUCUUUUGAUUUUCUGUGACCGAUGUGAAUAUAGGCAAAAGCGUAGUGAAGCGCUGUAGAAUUUGAGUCCGCUAAUGGCGGACGCUAAUAAUUUUGGAAGUUUCGUGAUUCUAUUGUUCUGUUUUAAGUAUAAUAUUAGCGACAUAAUCUAGUGGAUAAGUUUUUAUUCAGUGAUUGCAUACAGAAAGUUAAGAAUGUGUAAGUGAUAUGAAAUGUUCAACUUGAUCAUGACAAAAGCGACCGCUAGCUAUGUAACCUUUUCCAUAACCUCGUUUAUGCGAAUGGAGUAGAUAUGUGAUCGAUGUGUGUGCGUCGGUGAACGAUUUUUCGUCAUUUCGCGUUAUAAUUUGUGCGAAGUAUUCGGGUUAUUAGUGAUGGAAGUGUCCGCGUCGCGGUUUUGCAAUCCGACGCCCGUUUUCGAUGUAACGUAAGUGAGCCGGUCGAUCGCAAAAGCUAGUUUAAGCGGGGACGGCUGCUACCAGCCGAACAUGGCUGCUACGCAGGCAGAGUCUCAGCGUAGUGAAACGAGCGUAGAUCAGACUCCAUCGGAGCAGCUUAGUGAUUCUCGGAACGCUCUGAUACAAAACGGCACCGAUAAGUCCGUCGGGCGCGUUCCGCUCGAUGGCGUUGUGAAUACAAAGAGCAAAUCGCCUAUGUCGGUCGAGCCAGGUCAGCCCCGGGACGGGGGCGAUGUGCCGGGCCACGACCGGGGAGAGAGGCCGGGACCUGACCAAUACGGCGGGUAUAGGUAUCCGGAAGGUACAGAUCCUUAUUAUUCGCCGAGGCCAGGUUUCCCUGGUAAACCGAGGCCGCCUCAACAACAAAGAUUCUUUCCGGGUCAGGCUGUGUCGCAAGCACCAGGCCCGACACCCACGUUAAAUUCGUUGUUACAAUCGAGUGGCGCGCCGCCACACCGUUAUCCGAACAGUUAUGACCAGCCCCAGGGCGCCUAUGGGCCGGGCUGGCCACCGCCACGGCCUAUGCCACCUUAUAAUCCACAAGGAGGACCAUACAGAAAUUCAACGCCGCCUCGAGGCUACGGCGGGCCCCCGUACGGCGCGGGCGCACCGGGCCCCCAGCAGCCGCCGGGCGCGUACGGGCCCCCGGGCUCGUACCCGCCUCGGUACGCGCCGCCGCCGGGGCCUCCGGGAGCACCCAACUCGAGACCACCAUUCUCACCACAUCAGGGCUAUGAGCGAGGCGGGUCGCCGCAGCCGACGCACCCGCAAGGCGCGCCGAGCCCGGGCACCGCGCAGAGCGCGCCCGGCGGCCUCUCGCCCACGCAGGACUCGCAGCACCCGCCGCACCUUCCGCCCGGCGCGCAGCCACCGCACCAGGGCUAUCCACCUCCUCCGAGACCCGCCCAGCCGUCCACUCCUAAUGCGCACGACCAAGAUUCGGAUCUGACCGGGCAGAACAGCAAUGACUCGGGCGGCAGCGGCGGCGCCGGGCGCGCCACCACGCCGCACUUGAGGCCGACGCCGAGCCCCACCGGCUCGAGCGGCUCACGAUCCAUGUCACCAGCCGUCGGUACGCAGAACGUCCCCAUGCCGCCGCGGCCGUCAUCAUCGCUCUCGGACGGCGGCGGGCCGACGGUGCGCGCGGGCGCGCCGGCCGGCCCGCCGAGCGGCGCGCCGCCGCCGGGCGCGAUGCUGCCGCAGCCCUACCCGCACUACAAGCCGGCGCCCUACCCGCCGCAGCCCUACGGCUACCCGCCGCCGCGCAACCACCCCUACCCGUACGGCUACCGGCCCACGCCGCCGCCGCACCCCUCGCAACACUAUCCGCCGCUCAAGGGUGGAGUAGGUCGUCACAUGGGCCCGCCGGGCGAGGCGAUGGGCCCGCCGACGGCGCCGGGCGAGCCGCACGACAACGGGCCGGCGCCGCCCGCCACCGCGCUCGUCACCACCGGGCCCGACGGCGCGCCGCUCGACGAGGGCAGCCAGCAGAGCACGCUCAGCAACGCCUCCGCCGCAUCAGGCGAGGAGCCCUGCGGCACGCCAAAAAGUUCCCGCAAGGAGUACGGCAGCGCGGCGCCUUCGCCCUCGCCGGGCGGCGGCUCGCACUCCUCCGCGCACGACGACUACGAGACUUCGCCCUCGCCCUGGCCGCGCCCGCCCUCUAGUCCCGUGUUUAACAGUCACAUAGCGCCGGAGUCCUACAGAUCAAAGAAGUCGGACUCGCUGGGCAAGCUGUACGAGAUGGACGACGCGCCGGAACGCCGCAGCUGGGUGGAGCGGCUUCUAGCGUUCAUGGAGGAGCGGCGCACGCCCAUAGCCGCCUGCCCGACGAUAUCCAAGCAGCCGCUCGACCUCUACCGCCUGUACCUGCUGGUGCGCGACCGCGGCGGCUUCGUCGAGGUGACGAAAAACAAAACGUGGAAAGACAUCGCCGGCCUACUGGGCAUCGGCGCGUCGUCGUCAGCCGCGUACACGCUGCGCAAGCACUACACUAAGAAUCUACUCGCGUACGAGUGCCACUUUGACCGCGGCGGUAUCGAUCCGCAGCCGAUCAUCAACCAGGUGGAAGCCUCGACGAAGAAGAAGAGCGGCAAGAACAAUAGUGCGGCUAGUCCCGCGGCGGGCGGGUCGAACAACUCGGAGCAGUUCGCCGGCGGGCCGGGGGCCGCGGGCGGCGCGCCGAUGGACGGCUACCCCGCGCACUACGCGCCCUACCCGCCGCAGCCCGCGCAGCAAGGCGGCGGGGCGGGCGGCGACAACCUCGCCGCCUCCAACCCGUUCGACGAGCCGCCCGGCCCGCGGAGACCGCCAGGUUACCAGCAAGGUUACGGAUAUGAAUAUGGAUCUCCAUACCCCUCAAAUAGGCCUGUUUACCCACCUUAUGGACCCGAAGGCGAUAGGGGCUACGGGUCGAACGAGUACCGGUACGGCGGGUACGGCGGCGGGUACCGCGCGGGCGCGCCGGCGGCGGGCGGCGCGGCGGGCGCGGGCCCCGGCCCCGGCGCGCCGCCCGCGCCGCCCUACCCGGACUACUACCGCGCGCCGCACCCGCACGCGCACCCGCACCCGCCGCACUCGCCGCACGCGCCGCACGCGCCGCAUCCCCCGCAUCCCCCGCACCCGCCGCACCCGCCGCACCCGCCCCAGCAGCCGCAUGAGAUGGCGGUGGGCGGGCUGAUGAGCUCGCAGCUGGCGCGGCAGCUGGUGGCGCCGCUGCCGCCCGCCUCGCGCCCCUACUAUGGCGCGGGUAAAGGCGCCCCGCCGCCCGUGAACGCGGGAGCCCCCAACGCGGCCGGCGCGCCCAGACGGCACCCGGACUUCGCCAAGGCGGAGGGCUACAGCGCGAGCGGCGCGCAGCCGGCGCCGAGCGGCGCGGGCCCGCGGUUCGGCGGGCCGGGCGGGCCCGGCGGGCCGGGGGCCGCGUGGGGGCCCGCCUUCCAGCGCGCGGCCUCGCCCGCCUGGCGCCCGCCGCACCACGCGCCGCUGCCGCACCAGCACGCGCCCGCCUGGCCGCAGCACCCGCCGCACCAGCCCUACCAUCCGCCGGGAGCAACAUCAGGAGUCGGCCAGAUAAAACGUGAAUUAACUUUCCCCGCUGAAUGCGUAGAGGCGACAGUACCUGCACCUGAGAAGCGACGUCGCUUGACAAAAGCCGACGUCGCCCCCGUGGACGCGUGGCGCAUCAUGAUGGCGCUCAAAUCGGGCUUGCUCUCCGAGACAUGUUGGGCGCUCGACAUCCUCAAUAUCCUGCUAUUCGACGACAACUGCAUAGGCUACUUCGGCCUGCAGCACAUGCCCGGGCUGCUCGACCUGCUACUGGAGCACUUCCACCGCAGCCUCAGCGACGUGUUCGACGCGCCGGCGGGCGAGAGCGAGCCUUGGUACGCGGUGGACGGCAGCCCGCCGCCCGCGGCCCGCAACCCGCCGUGCGCCGACCCGCCCGACCCAGCCGACCGCGUGCGCCUGCUCUCUGGCGAGAACUACACGCUGCAGACGCGCCGCCGGGUGCCCAUCACCGUGGCGCGCGUCGACGACGACGCGCUCUUCGCGCCGGACAGCCCCGAGCCGGACGACGUGGACGACGUCAUGGAGCCGUGGCAGCUCGGCGGCGCCGCGCACGUGAUGCCCUGCUUCCGCGCCGAGUUCGUGCCGCUGCCCUUCGCGCGCGUGCUGCCCGGCGAGCGCGCGCCGUCGCCGGGCCGGCCCGCCAGCCCGCCGCGCGCCGACCCGCCGGCCGAGCCCACCCCCGCCGCUCUACCUACCGCCUCCCCCGGCCGCGGCGCCGACGACGAUAACCUCGAGGCCGAGCCGAUGGACAUUGAGCCGGAGCGCAAGCCGGCGCUGCAAGUGCGCGACCCGGCCGGCGUGCUCAAGCGUCGUCGCCUCGAAGAUUAUGAAGACGAGUGCUACACGCGCGACGAACCGAGCCUCAAUCUCGUCAACGAGACGCGAGACGCGCUCGCCAAGAGGUGCAUCGCGCUCUCGAAUAUCCUCCGCGGGCUCACUUUCGUCCCCGGCAACGAGGCGGAGUUCUCGCGGUCGAGCGCGUUCCUCGCGGUCGCCGGCAAACUGCUCCUCCUUCACCACGAACACGCGCCGCGAGCGGCCCGGGCGCGCGCGUACGAGCGGGCCGCGAGAGACGAAGUGGACGCGGACGCGUGCUGCUCCAGCCUGCGCGGCGAGGGCGAGUGGUGGUGGGACACGCUCGCGCACCUGCGGGAGGACGCGCUCGUGUGCUGCGCCAACAUCGCCGGCAGCGUGGAGCUGUCGGGGCAGCCCGAGGCCGUGGCGCGGCCGCUGCUGGACGGGCUGCUGCACUGGAGCGUGUGCCCGGCGGCCGUGGCCGGCGACGCGCCGCCCGCGGCCGCGCCCGGCUCGCCGCUGUCGCCGCGCCGGCUCGCGCUCGAGGCGCUGUGCAAGCUGUGCGUGACGGACGCCAACGUGGACCUGGUGCUGGCCACGCCGCCGCGCGGGCGCAUCGCGGCGCUGUGCGCGGGGCUGGCGCGCGACCUGUGCCGGCCCGAGCGGCCCGUGGUGCGCGAGUUCGCCGUGAACCUGCUGCACUACCUGGCGGGCGCGGGCGGGGCGGCCGCGCGCGAGGUGGCCACGCACGCGCCGGCCGUGGCGCAGCUCGUGGCCUUCAUCGAGCGCGCCGAGCAGACGGCGCUGGGCGUGGCCAACCAGCACGGCGUGGCCGCGCUGCGCGACAACCCGGACGCCAUGGGCACGUCGCUGGACAUGCUGCGGCGCGCGGCCGCCACGCUGCUGCGCCUGGCCGAGCACCCGGAGAACCGGCCGCUGAUCCGCCGCCACGAGCGCCGGCUGCUGUCGCUCGUCAUGAGCCAGAUCCUGGACCAGAAGGUGGCGCACGAGCUGGCGGACGUGCUGUACCACUGCAGCCAGCUGAAGGGCGACGAGCCGCGCGAGGAGUGAGCGCAGUGCCAGUGCCGGCGCCGGUGACAGGGACACGGUGACAGUGACAGUGAGUGCACGGAGACAGUGUAUACGGGCGCGGGGCCGCUGGACUGACUACCGCUGGUACGUGUACAUAUAGGGAUACGGCGCGGCCCCGAGCUGCGCCGACGACUCCUCGACCGUUCGUAGAGCCGUCUGAACGUGUUAGUCUGUACAAUCUGAAUUUUGUUAUUUAUGUCCACGAUGAUUUAUUUACAAGAAUGUCAAUGUGCUAUAAUCGAUUUCUAUUGUUCGAUUGAAAAACAGAUGUAUUAUAACUCGUAAUUUUGAUUUUUAUAAUAAAAUGGGACUUGAAUCUGUUGAUUGGUUUUAUGAUGGAGAUUUUAUACCGAAUACCUCUAGAGCCUUCGGUUGUGGAGUAACUGAGCGAGGAGCUUAUGUGGGCUAUAAGUUUUAAUUAAGUUUAAUGUGAAUUAUUACAAUAAUCUAUAAUAUAUUGAAAUUGAAUCUGAA